AAUAGUAUUUAUUAUACUUACCUGACUAAGGCUGUGAAUACUUCGGUGAAAAUAUUUCCAUGGUAUGGUGGCACAAAGGCCAAAUUGCAGGAAAUGCUAUAUAAGCAGAAGGAGUGAAGAAAAAGUAUAAAAUGUAGGAGAAGUUUUGCUAUAAAAUGAAGAAGAUAGGAUAGAAGAUAUUUAAAGGUCAAUGAAAAGAUGCCAGUAGAAAGAAAGAGGCCGGGGGAGGGAGGUUUGUGAGUGGCGGAGAAGACAUAGGAAUAGUUCAUAGCUCAAGGUUUCAGGGGGGCGGAAAAAGAUAGGUUCCAGGCAUAGGUGGCAUUACAUGGAGAGCCACCCUCUUAUUUAAAAGGUGGGAAAGAGGAAAGGAUUGGAGCAGGUAUAUUUGUAGAUGUGUCAGAAAGUUGAUUUAGUUCCUCUCUGACAGUUUCUGUUUUCUCUGUGAAGUAGAUGAGGACAUCUACUAAGAUAGAGAAGCAGUUUCAAGGAAAAUGGAGAAAAUGUGACUGGUCUUUGCGGAAAGUGGGGAAAUGAGUUGACCAGAGAAACAUGAUAGGAUUGCUAAGUUGUGUUGAGUGCCUAGGUGGGAUUAGUGACUCUGAAGAUACAGAGUGUAUGUAUUCCUCUCAGCUGCACUUAGAUUUUGGGUGCAGGCAGGGAGAAGGUAAAUAGGAUGGAUGACUAUAAAGUAGAAGAAACUGUAGAACUAUGGGACAAGGAUGCUUAGAGUGCUAAAAGAGAGUCUUUGAAAGGCUGGACCAUAAAGGAUAAAAAGGAUGGAGAAAAAAGAUGAUUAUUUAGAAGUAGGAAUUUCUGUGUUACUUAUAUACAUUUACUGUAUAUAACUAAGUUAUAUAAGUCUUAGCUCCUAACGUAAGCUAAGACUUUGUUCCCACCAACACCACUAUUGCCACCUUCCUAGGCCAUUGACAUUUUUAAAAGUGGUGAUUAUUAUUAGUUUUCUGCAUUCUUCUUUUUUUAAAGCAACAUCUAGAUUUGAAAUUAAAUCUACAUUUAAAGCAUUAAAUUUCUGUAUAUAUUUGUAUCUAUAUCUACACACACCUAGGACUUUGUUUUCUAGAAUUCUAAUCCACAAUAAGAAAGCUCUUUUACAAUCUAUUUUGAUCAUGAGUUUUAGAAUAUACAGGAAAGAACUAUAUAGAAGUAACAUGAUUUGGUGUAACUCCUGGAAAAUAUUCUUGGAAAUAAUAAAGGAGAUAAAGUGACAAAUUUACACAGUUGCUGACCUCUUUAGGACUUCAGUAGCAGGAAAUAAAUUUCUUUCACUAUUCAGUAGUCGCCCCUUAUCCAUGUGGGAUAUGUUCCAAGACUCCCAGUGGAUGCCUGAAACCAUGGGUAGUACCAAACCCUAUAUAUACUGGGAUUUUUCCUAUACAUACAUACCUGUGAUAAAGUUUUAUGAAUAAAUUAGGCACAGUAAGAGAUUAACAACAAUAACUAAUAAUAAAGUAGAAUGAUUAUAACAACAUAUUAUAAUAAAAGUUAUGUGAACAUGGUCUCUCUCCUCAGGUUCUUCAACUCUGCCAGAAAUGUGGCAGUGGCCUCUUCAUUGGCAGACACAGCCUCUCCAGUAAUUUUUAUAUUUUUCAGUCUAAACCUAUUCCUGAAUCUGUGUAACCAUCCUUUAUUUGCAGUAAAUGGUGUGGUGUCACUCAUUUCAGGGGAUCUCUUGCUGAAGUUUUUGUAGCUGUUCAAUGUUUUCUGGCCCAACAUAUUGCUGUCAGUUGGAACAUAUACUGUUCAUGUCCUCCAUCCACAAAUUUAAUGCCUUUUCCAUUCUAACUAAGCACUUAUGCACUGUGGCUAUAACUUUUGCACUCUGAGGUACGACAGCAAAACUAGCACAAAUUUUCCUUCUUCACAAUUUCACAGAUAGAAGACUCGUUCUUACCAUAGAUUUUAGCAACCUCAGCAUAUGAGCAUACAGUUUUUUUCUUAUUAAGUUUAAAACUUUCACUUUUUCACUUAGAGGAAGCACUUUGCAACUUCUUUGGCAUAUCUGAAUAGCACGCAUCACUACUCUGGCUCUUUGGGAACAUUAAAUAAAUAAUAAUAAGGUGACCUGAACACAAGCACUGCAAUACCAUGACAGUCAAUCUGAUAACUGAGCUGGCUAGUGACUAACAGAUGGGAUUCACUGGACAAAGGGAUGAUUCACAUCCCAAGCAGGAUGGACUGAGCUAAGGAGCUGGCAUGAGAUUUCAUCAUAGUACUCAAAAUGGCGUGCAAUUUAAAACUUAUGAAUUGUUUAUUUCUGGAAUUUUCCAUUCAGUAUUUUCCAACUGCAGGUAACUAAAAUAUCAGAAAGUGAAACCACAGGUAAUAGGGGGACUGCUGUAUGUGCGUUUGCUGGUAAGAAAGGAGAAGUAGUAGAAACUGGAGAAGGCAAUAGAAAAGGGAGAGGGAAAGGAAGAUAGAAAACUAAAAUAUAAAGGAUAAAACACAUAACCAUGAGUGUUUUAUUUUAGGCCCAACUCCUGUUUUUUCUGUUGGACAAGGAAAAGAUGUUCGGUCAAGAAGGUGCCAGUAAGGAGAAAGGAGAGGGACCAAGAAAGUGGAGGUCUCUAUAAAUUCAAAGCAUAGACGAAUGGGAGUAAAUAAAUUUUUUAAAAGAAAGAAAGAUUGACUUGGUACCCUGAGGAGGCUCCUGGGUCAAAGCAGUAAAAGAGAUAGAGUGAUGGAAGAUUGUAGUUAAAAAGGAGAAUUGACUGUAGUCAAGCAGGAGAAUACUUGUGUCAAGUUUCAGGUUUCAGUGGCUGAAGAUGAAGCUCCUUGAGGUUGAAGAUCUAAAUAAAACUAGUGCAGGAAGUUGGAGAAGAACAUCAAUAUAUAUGCUAAAAUUACCAAAGAUGAUGGCAGGGGGAGAGGAAAAGAUGAGCUUGGUACAAAUGUUCUGUACAUUAGCAGCAAUGAAGAUGCAGGUGUGGAUUUCAAGAGAAGAUGUUGAUAAAUGGUGAUCGUGGAAUAUUUUUCCAAAAGCAGCGAUAUGGAGUAUUGCUCUUUGCUCUUUGAGUAGGAACAACUCAUUACUUGGGAGAAGGCUGUAAAACAGGGGAUGUCUGUGUGGAUGAGUGGGGAUAGUAAAGGUAAAGCGAUAAAAGGACUGCUCGAGAAAAAAAUGGAAAAUAUAGGGGAAUAUGUUGGUAAUGAGUAGGGGCUAGAAGACGACGGGCAACUAGCAAUGAAGUUAAUGUGGAAAGGGGGAAGGGCUGAGCUGAAUGAGUGCUGGAGGGAUUUUCAAGGGGAAGGUGUUUGCAAUGGCUGCUACUGUGAACUUGGAACUUGAUCCCAUUUUUUUGAAAGCACUAGGCUUCUUACAUUCAAAGAGUAAGGAUUCUGCUGAAAAGCUAAAAGCACUACUUGAUGAAUCUUUGGCUCGGGGCAUUGAUUCAAGUUACCGUCCAUCUCAAAAGGAUGUGGAACCACCCAAAAUUUCAAGCACAAAAACUGUUUCCAUUAAGCAAGAGCCCAAAACAUCAUCCACUCUUCCUUCUGGCAAUAAUAAUGGCAAGGUCCUAACAACUGAAAAGGUAAAGAAGGAAGGUGAAAAGAGACCUGCUGAUAAAAUGAAAUCAGACAUCACUGAAGGAGUUGAUAUUCCAAAGAAACCUAGAUUGGAGAAACCAGAGACGCGGUCCUCUCCCAUUACUGUCCAAACCAGCAAGGAUUUAGCUAUGACUGACCUUUCCAGCUUUGAGGAGACCAGUGCUGAUGAUUUUGCCAUGGAGAUGGGAUUGGCCUGUGUUGUUUGUAGGCAAAUGACAGUGGCAUCUGGUAAUCAAUUAGUAGAAUGUCAGGAAUGCCAUAAUCUCUACCACCAAGAUUGCCAUAAGCCGCAGGUGACAGACAAGGAAGUGAAUGACCCUCGCCUUGUGUGGUAUUGUGCCCGGUGUACCAGACAAAUGAAAAGAAUGGCUCAAAAAACUCAGAAACCACCACAGAAACCAGCCCCCACAGUUGUUUCUGUAGCUCCUGCUGUUAAAGAUCCAUUGGUUAAGAAACCAGAAACUAAACUCAAGCAAGAGUUAACUUUUCUAGCAUUUAAGAGAUCAGAAGUCAAGGCAUCCACGGUUGUUUCAGGAAAUUCUUCUAGUACCAGUGUUUCCUCUUCAGCAACUAGUGGCCUAACUGGAUGGGCAGCUUUUGCAGCCAAAACUUCUUCUGCUGGUCCAUCCACAGCAAAAUUGAGUUCAACAACCCAAAACAAUAGCGGGAAACCUGCUACCUCAUCAGCUAACCAGAAGCCUGUGGGUUUGACUGGUCUGGCAACAUCAUCCAAAGGUGGAAUAGGUUCCAAAAUAGGUUCCAGUAACAGCACUUCACCCACUGUACCACUGAAACCACCUCCACCUCUAACUUUGGGCAAAACUGGCCUUAGUCGCUCAGUUAGUUGUGACAAUGUUAGCAAAGUAGGUCUUCCCAGUCCAAGUAGUUUGGUUCCAGGAAGCAGCAGCCAACUAAGUGGGAAUGGAAAUAGUGGGACAUCAGGGCCUAGUGGAAGUACCACUAACAAAACCACUUCAGAAUCAAGCAGCUCUCCCUCAGCAUCCCUUAAAGGUCCAACUUCACAAGAAUCACAACUCAAUGCCAUGAAGCGAUUACAGAUGGUCAAGAAGAAGGCUGCCCAAAAGAAACUCAAGAAGUAAUGUGGCCAAAAUUAUAUUACUGUUCAGUAUGCCUCUUCCUCAUAAUUGGAGAGACUGCGUAUCAGCCUAUCAUCACAGGUAAGUGUUUUUUUUAAGAGUAAACAAUAUUUCCAAUAUUGUACUAGGAAUAUGGCUAUAAUACUGUAUGCCAUAAAAAUUUGAUAAUGAUUCAGUCAUUAGUGUAUAGACUAGCCUACCAUGAAGCAAUCAUAUUGAUUACACUAGGCUACCAUAAAGCAAUCCUAUUGCUGCUGCUUUGUUUUCAAUGCAUGAAUCAUUAUACCUGUAAAUAAAUAUGAAUUGCUUUUUCAUAUUAUUUUUUCAUUUCUGAUGUCUAGUGUUAGCAAUACAUUUAACAUCUACAGUGUUUUGUAUCAUAUAAUACAAUAUUGAAGUGGGUAUUAAAUGAUUCAUUUUGUAAACAGAUGACAUAAACUUAGAGUAUCUAUAAAUACAGUACAGUACUGUAAAUGUAUCCUUUUCCUUAUGAUUUUCUUAAUCUUUUUUUCUAGCUUACUUUCUUGUAUGUAUAUAUAAUACAUAAACAUACAAUAUAUAUGUUAAUCAAGAAUUUAUAUUAUCAGUAAGGCUUCUGGUCAACAGUAGGCUAUUAGUAGUUAGGUUUUGGAGGAGUCAAAAUUUUUUGUAGAUUUUCAGCUGCCCAGCGGGUCAGCACACCUCACCCCCGAGUUGUUCAAGGGUCAACUGUAUAGGUACAGUGUAAGCUAUUCUUUAGAUCUUGAACUAUUUAGCUUUUGAUGGUAUUCUGAUACCACUGACUUAUAUAUCAUCUCAUCAGCUCUAGCAUGAGCUCCACCUCAGAGAGAGGAACCACAUUUCAACUUCCAUUGACCACAUCUGGUAUACAGCAGGAAUUCAAAUAUAUGUUGAUUUGAUUUGAAACUAAGGCUGAAGGGCUUGGAUAUCAUACAAGAACAUUCAAGAGAUAAUCUUGUGUCAUACAAGAUACAUACAAGACAGAUUGGUGGACAUGGGUUAUUUUGUAAUUUUAAAAAGUAAAGAGAAAACAAAAAGGGAGAUGCCAUAAAUUCUUGAGCAAUGGAGUGGUAGCAAUAAUGACCACCUUUUAUAACUCUCAUAACAGUUUACAUGUCACAUGUGCUUUAUCCUCAACAACCCUGUGAGCUGUGACUUAAAGAAGUAACAAGCUCAUAAUCAUAGAGCUAGUUGGUACUGCUAGGACCAUAUCUUCUAACUCCAAAUCCUGUGCUUGGUCCAUUUCUCAUAGUACUUUAGGAACCAAACUCUUGUUCUAGCAAGGAUGUGCAGAGUGUAUUCUUGUGGAAAGGGACUGGAAUCUCUAAUAUGUUUUGUUGUUUAGAAAGUGAAGACAUUGAAUAUAUUCACAAGAACAGAGUGGAGGGAUUUGGUUUGCAAAAGCUUUCAGGAACAUGAUGUAUCAUAACACAGCUUCUGAAAUAAUCUUAAGAGCCCACAUUAGCAGUUGCUAGCCAUCUAUUGCAAUUUUUAUACAUAAUGUAUAUACUUUAUCAGUGCAGCUAUAGAUUUUUUAGCAGGUCAAAUUACCUGCUAAUAUAUGAUUCCUAAAUAUUUGUGGUGGUCUUUCAAUUUGGCAUAUAUACUCUCAAGGGCAAUAUAAAAUCUUCCACCUACAUCUAUUUGGUAUGAAAUUAUGGCAAAGCUUAUAUUUUAAACGCUCAAUAUAGAUUCUCAUAGAAUUGUAAACUUAAAGUACAAAAUUAUAAUAUAUACUUUCAAUAUUUUAGAUGGUCAUAGUCCAAAAUUAAUUUAGGAUGAGGAUUUUUCGGUUUUUAUAUAUGUUUGUGCUUCCACUUAAGAUAGAUACUCAAAAUGGAAGUAAGUCUGCUUUUAAAGAGAUGGGAGUCGAUCACGUUUGACUACAAGUUAGAAGUUUUCAAUCUGUUAUGGAUUUAAGAGCUAAAGGUUUUCUCUCUUUUUUAAAAAAAUAUUUUAAUUGUUCUAGGCUGUUGGACUUUCAGUGUUAUUAUGUUUUGGUCCAGACACAUUAAAAUUUUGUAAAUUUAAGACAUAAUCAUCUAAUCCUUUUUUUCCAAACCUUGGCAUUUAUGAAAAUAUAUUUUAUUAGUUGCUUCUUUGUAAUCUGUAAAGCUCUGACGCAUUUUAUGGACAAUAUUUUAUGACUACAACCCAGUUCUCCACAGCAUUUACUCUUUUUAAAUAACACUCUGUAUUACUGUAUUAUUGACUCAUACCCAAUUUAUUACCUACUGUUCAUAACCACCAGCUCUUUCCUUGUGGUACCAUUGCCAGUUCAGCAUUUCCUUAUGCUAUAUUUGUGCAUUUAAUUAUUCUCCCUUAGUGAGCCACGUUACCUAUCUUCACUGAAUUUCAUUUUAUUGAUUUCAUCCCAGUUCUCCAGUUAGCAACAACAAAAAUCAUAAUGUAUUUUAAUCUUUCUUUCCAAAACUAAAAAGCUACAAAACCAGCAUUUACAGUAUUAUAUCAUAUUAGCUCAGGAAGCCAAGAUAGUUAUAUGGCAUGAAAAAUGCUCAUUCUUCUCUCUUACCCACCAGGAGCAAGCUUUCUUGUUCUUUAGUUAACAAUUAUGAAUUGUUAUUACACAAGUAAUUUUUGUAAAAAACAAUUUUAAAUAAAGGUAAACACAAAGAAAUUUACUAAUUUUUAUUAAUACCUUGUUUUUCUUUUAUCCUUUCUUUUCUUCUUCCACUUUCUAUCUACCUACCUACCUAAAGUGGUAAUAAACAUGUAAUUAUUGUACACAUAAUUUUUGCAACCUGCUUUUUCACUUCAAAAUAUAUUUUAAAAUCUUUUCAUGUCAAUAAAUAGCUCUCUAAAGCAUCAUUUAAUGACUACUUAAAUAUGUUACAGCCUGCUGACUUUUGAAGCACUUUAAAAAUAAUGACACACUAGAUAUAUAGCAUUAUCAUCAUAAGCAGCUGAAAAAUGUAUAGAGGAGGGACCGGACAAUGAAUCUAGAAUUAGUGCAAAACAACUUUUUUGAUGUCAAAAAUUAUGUUCUCAGUAUUAUUUAUGUGAAAAAAGAAAAGAGCACUGAUUCUCAGCCAUUACUUCCCUCUAAAACUUGGUUUUAGCCAUUAUUAAACUUGGUCCUCUUCAAGAAGUACCAAAGAUUAUCACAUUAGUCCAACAUCCUGCUUGCCAAACAAGGCAUCUUACAUACUGUGGUAGGCAGAAUUCUAAGGAGAACCCCAAGAUUACCACCUCCUGCUGAACUUGUUCUGUAUAAUCCCCUCUGUGAAUAUGUUGGGAUUUCACUCUUGUGAUUAGGUUACAUUACAUGGUAAAGGUAAAGGGAUCUUACAACGGUGCCUAAUAAGGUCCCUAAUAAGUUGACUUUGAGUUAGAUGAACACUAUCCUGAGUGAGCCUGACAUAAUCAGGUGAGUCCUUUAAAAGAGAGUCCAGUCACCUCUGAAGGGAAAGAUUUGAAAUCAGAGAGAUGCUCUCCUGCUGGCCUUGAGCAAGCCAACAGCCAUGUCGUGAACUGCCUAUAGGGACAGCCACAUGGCAAGGAUCUGAGCACAGCCUCUGAGUGUUGACAGUGGUCCUUGGUUGAUAGCCAGCAAGAAAAUGGAGACCUUGUUCCUACUGGAACAAGGAACUAAGUUUUGCCAACAACCAUGAGCUUGGAAGACAACCCUGGUUUUCAGAAAGAGGCACAGCCAAGCAAACGUCUAGAUUUCAGUUCUCUGAGAUUCCAAGCAGAGCACCCAGCUAAGCUGUUGCCUGUACUUCUGACCAUGGAAACGGUGAGAUAAUAAAUUUAUGUUGUUUUAAGCUAUUUAGUUUGUGACAAUUUGUUAUGCAGCAUAGAAAACUAAUACAGAUCAUGCCAUUAUUAUUUGAUCAGAAGAGACCUGCAAUUUGGGUUGCGUUAUUUCAACUCAAAGCAAAGGUAUAGGGGAUUCUGUGGGGCCGCAGAUCCAAGCUGCAUUUUCUAAUCCAGCUAUAUUUGUAAUAAUGUUUAGAUUUAUAUCCCUGACACCAGGGUCUGUUUUGAAUUGGUUCGAAACUCAGAGGAGAAAGAAAACAAGUAGCACUUUAUGGAGAGAUAUCAUUAAUAUACUUUCUGUUUUGGGCAAAAGAAAAUUAUCUCAUUACUUUUCCUCUCAGCAAUGGAAACUUCUAAUGGAUCUAAUUCUCAUGAUACAUAAUAGGUUUACUCAAAGACAAUUACUCUGCAGUAGCAGCUAGUAGGCACUAGAUGCAAUUUUAGACUAUACAGUUCAUGCUGAAAGAGCCUAAGUGAGGUGCUUAAUCUAAAAGUCCCUGUAAAGCCAAGUAAAAACUAGAACUCAACAUCAAGCCAGCUUUAGGUCAUCUUCACAAAUUUGGUCCUCCAGUGUCUGUCCUAGGUUAUUAAGAUAACUUAGAAAGUUAUCUUAGUAACCUAGAAGUUAUUAAAAGCCAGCCAGGCUUUAAUCAAGUAUAUAGAUUUCACUGAUAAAAAUUCAUUUAUCAGUUGGUAUUAUAACAUUAUAUUGUCUUAUAGAAGCUCUGAAUAAACUAAGAGAGUGAAUGAGUAAUAGAAAAACAGGGUUUUUGAAACUUCAAGACAGAAAAGUGGUAAGAACACAUAGUAAUAUAUAAAUGAGUUUAGAAUCAGUAGUGACUGGGACAAAGUACUUGCAAAUUAUAUAUCUGAUAAAGAACUCUAUGCAGAGUAUAUAAAGAAUUCUUAAAACUGUGUAAUAAGAAGGGAAAUGACCCAAUUUUUAAAAUGGGCAAAUAUUUGAAAAGACCUUUCACCAAAGGAGAUGCAGGAAUGGCCAAUAAAAACAUGAAAGAUACUCAAUAGCAUUAGUCAUUAGGGAAAUGUAAAUCAAAACUACAAUGAGACACCACUUCACUUCCAUUAAGAUGGCUGUGAUAAAAAAGACAGACAACAAGGCAAGGAUGUGGAGAAACUGCAAUUCACAAUCCUCAUACAUUGCUGUUGGGUACAUACAACGGGGCAGUCACUUUGAAAAACAGCUUAGCAGUUUUUUUAAAAACUUAAUCUUACCAAUAAGCAAUUCGACUCCUAGGGAUCUACUCAAGAAAAUGAAAUUCACACAAAGACUUACACACAAAUGUUCAUAGCAGCAUUAUUCAUAAUAGAAAUUACCCCAGAUGUCCAUCAGUUGGUGAAUGGAUAAACAAAAUAUGCUAUAUUCAUAGAGUAAAAUACCGUUAGGCAAUGAAAAGCAACAAAAUACAUAUACAUACUACAACACGGAUGAAUCUCAAAAAAACAUGCUAAGUGAAGGAAGUUGGCUGUAAAACACCACAUAUUGUAUGAUUCCAUUAAUACAAAAAAUACAAAGAAGGCAAAUCUAUGGAGGAAAAAAGUGAUUAAAGAUUUCUUGGGGCUAAAAGUGAGAAAGAGGAGGAGCUGCAAAUGUGUUCAAAGGAUCUUUUAGGGUGAAGGAAAUGUUCUAAAGUUGGAUUCAGGUAAUGGUUGCAAAACCCUGUUAAUAUACUAAAAGUGCAUUGUAUACUUAAAUUGCAUAAAUUGUAUGGUAUGUAAAUAAGAACUUAAUAAAACUUUUUUAAUGUAUCAGUCAUGAAUUGGACAGCAAUCAAUGUAUUGUUGAAAGAAGUUGAAUAAAAAUAGUUUUGAAGAGCAGUAUGGCAAUGUAUAUCAAGACUUUACAUAUCCUUUGACACUCCAGUAUUUUCAGGAACUUGCCCUACAGAUAUACUCAUAUAUAAGUGUAUAAAAAUAGAUGAACAAGGAUCUGGCCUGAAAUAUUGUUUGAAAUUUUAAAAACCUCAAAAUAUUCUGAAUGUCUAUUAUUAUGGUAAUAGUUACAUAAAUUAUGAUGUAUCCAGAUAAUGAAAUACUAUGCAGAAUUUUUAAGGAAGAAGGUAGAUAUUUAGGUACUGUUUUAUCUAAGAUAUAUUGUUAACUGAAAAAAAUUAUGUACCACGUAUAUGUUCCCACUCGUCUAAGUAUAAAUUCACUCAUGUAAAUACAAUAUCUGAAAAGAUAUACCUGCAUGUUGUCUCUGAAAAGUAGGACUGAGGAGAGAAUAAAGACCUUUACUAUUAAUUUA